GGAUCGUGACUGAUAAGUGUGACAUAUGCCGUCUAGCUCGCCCAACCAGCCCCAGGCAUGAUGUAUUCCCGUCGACUGGUCUUUCCCUCAGUUCCAUCCCCCAUCGUUGGCGAAGUUCUGUAUUGGCAUUGUGACCGACUCAACAAAGACGUAUGACGAUGAACCGAAGGAUCAAAUGUCAGAGUGAAGGAUGCCCCAACGAGGUGCUCUUCAAGACGCACGACGGGGCAUUCGACGACAGGAGAGGCAGUGGCGGGAGGUCUCCUCUAUCGCCCCAUGAUAGACACUCGACCGGCCCCUUACAGGUCUCCCCUUACUGCAAACAACACACGUGCAUCCACUUCUACGGCGACGAGCGAUGCAUCUACAAGAAGCCGCCGCACGACACAGUCUGCGCCAUCCAUGCACGAUGUCCCGUCCCAAACUGUUACCAAGCCCGCGCCCAGUACCUCGCUCCCAACUUCGACCCCUUAUCCAAUGCCGCCCCGCGAUAUGCUCGCUAUGAAGUCUGCUCCGAUCACAAGUGCACCAUUCCACGAUGUCCCGCGAGCCGAGCGUCAUCGAGGACCACCUUCUGUCAAGCUCACGCCUGCCAGGCCGAAGGCUGUGCAAGGCAGCGCCAGGAUCAGCGGAACUGCUGUGUGGAGCACCAAUGCAAGACUAGGGGCUGUCGGACCAUCGUGGAGGGCGAAUUCCCACACUGCGCGAUCCAUAUCAAGUGCCAGAUGAGCGGCUGUGGCGAAUCAAGACACUUCUCGGCCAAGGCCAAGGACUAUCUUGCCUACUGUACCAACCACACAUGCCGCAGCCAAAAGUGCCACGAAUAUGUCGACAGGCUGGCUCUGUUUUGCGGCUCCCACGGCUGCGCCAAGCCCAAAUGCCAUCAGGAAGCCCUCGCCGAGCGUCUUUGCAUAGACCACUUCAAAGAGCACUACAUAGUCCAGGGCAAACGCCAGGCCCAUGGCAGAAGACAUACGAACAGCCGUCCCGACCAGAAUCCGAAACGGGAAGAUGAGCAGCUCCACGAUGCCCUCAACAAUAAUAUCCGUCCAGACACAGCAGGCGAUUCAAGCGAUGACGAAACCCUGGAGAGCCGGCCCAUAGCAAUAGCAGGAAACCGCCAGCAAUGAGAGCGGCUCCACGGGGCGGCCAAUACAGGGGAGACGGGUUGAGGUUGAAGAGGCGAAUGAGGAUAGCGAGGGUUGGUGCGGUGAUACUUGAUGGGAUGGGUAUUGCUAGUAGUAGUUUGCAUAUAUCCUAGUCUUGGCUCAGACUGAUGACCCAGGAGACCUGAAACUCCAGUAUCUCCCGGUCUCUGCUGAGCGCGCGCUGCUUUCCCGAGGAGUGGUGCUACGCUCCUAUCAGCAGCAAGUCUCUGCCCUAUACCAUAAGACACUCCUCUGCCAUCAGAAGUAACAGGUCACACCAUGGACCCAACCACUGCCAUCCCACAUCGCGAUCGC